ACACACACCCAGCCAUCCUCUCUCGCACACAGCAGACACUCGUUCGCCGUCUCAGCCACAGCCAGAGCACCGACACUCAGGCCAGGCCGAUCAAUGGGCAAGAAGAGCGGCCGCAGCGGCGCCGACGCGCCCAAGGCGACGGCGUUCGUGCUGAAGGUGGCGAUGCACUGCCGCUGCGACGGCUGCGUCCCCAAGAUCCGCGCCGCGGUCAACAAACUGACGCUCCGGUGCGAGGGCAUCCAGUCGCUGGACCAGUCGGCGCUGGACACCAAGGGCGAACUGGCGCUGGUGGCCACGGCGGACCCGGAGAGGCUGCGCCGCCGCCUGCGCGAGGCCACGGGGAAGAGCGUCGACAUCGUCUUCCCCAAGCCCGCAGCGGCCAACGGCGGCAGCAGCGGCAGGGAGGAGGCGAACGCCGCCGUCCAGGCUCAGGCUCAGGCCCAGGCCCAGGCGCUGCUGCUCGCCGCCGGUCUGCAACAGCAGCAGCAGCACGGCCGUCCCUGGUACGCGCUCCAGCAGGGUGGGUACGGCCCGCCGCCAGAGCCGUACGUGGCUUCCUACCCCGCCACCGCGUGGGGCGCGUACCCACACAACGGCCUCGAUGACGCCUACGGCGGCGGAUGGUUCGGGUACUGAGCGACCGGCGGAGAGUAGAGCAGCGGAUGGAGCUUUUGAGGUUCGGGUACUGAGCGACCGGCGGAGAGCAGAGCAGCGGAUGGAGCUUUUGCGUUGUGUAGUGUGUCAGUGGUGAUGUCCGCACGUGUAGUACUGUAGUGAUCUGGGAUUAGCAGGAACUGAGCAAAUAUUGGUUGGUUGUGUGUUUGUUGGACGACGAAGUGUUUCUGUUAAAAAAGGUCUUGAUGCCUUAACUUUAA